GGCGCUUCCGGCGGCCGCGGUUGUUGGGGUGGGUGUGGAGGAGGCCCUCCGUGGGUCCCCUGCUGUUGCGUGGUCGGCUUGGUGUGGUGUGCGGCGGAGGCGCAGGCCAGACGGCGCGGAGGUACCUAUCUUCACGGUGGUCUCACUUCUGAAAUAUGGCUACAGAUUGGCUCGGCAGUAUUGUGUCCAUCAACUGUGGAGAAAGCUUGGGUGUCUAUCAGGGAAGAGUGUCAGCAGUAGAUCAGGUCAGCCAGACCAUUUCUCUCACCCGGCCUUUCCACAAUGGAGUGAAGUGUCUUGUUCCAGAAGUCACCUUCAGGGCAGGUGACAUUACAGAAUUAAAAAUUCUGGAGAUACCAGGUCCUGGAGACAACCAACAUUUUGGAGACCUUCAUCAGACAGAAUUAGGCCCCUCUGGUGUUGGAUACCAAAUGGGUAUCAAUCAGAACGGCACGGGCAAGUUGGUGAAGAAGCCAGCCUCUUCCAGCAGUGCCCCUCAGAACAUUCCUAAGAGGACAGAUGUGAAGAAUCAAGAUGUUGCCAUUUCCCCCCAGCAACAACAGUGCUCAAAGAGCUAUGUGGACAGACAUGUGGAAUCCUUGGGUCAGUCCAAAGGUUUCCGCCGUCGGCACAACUCCUGGUCAUCUAGUAGCAGGCACCCAAAUCAGGCAACUCCAAAGAAAAGUGGUUUAAAGAAUGGUCAAAUGAAGAAUAAAGAUGAUGAGUGCUUCGGGGAUGAUAUUGAGGAGAUCCCAGACACAGAUUUUGAUUUUGAAGGGAACCUGGCCCUCUUUGACAAGGCAGCUGUGUUUGAGGAGAUUGAUACCUAUGAGAGGAGAAGUGGGUCCCGUUCCCGGGGCAUCCCAAGUGAAAGGCCUACUCGGUACCGCCACGAUGAGAACAUCCUGGAGUCGGAGCCCAUUGUCUACCGACGGAUCACAGUGCCCCACAACGUGAGCAAGGAGUUCUGCACAGACUCUGGCCUGGUUGUCCCAAGUGUUUCCUAUGAGCUGCAUAAAAAGCUGCUAUCCGUGGCUGAGAAGCACGGACUGACCCUGGAGCGGAGACUGGAGAUGACAGGUGUGUGUGCCAGUCAGAUGGCACUGACCCUCCUUGGAGGACCCAACAGGUUGAAUCCCAAAAAUGUUCACCAGAGACCUACAGUAGCCCUACUAUGUGGGCCCCAUGUGAAGGGAGCUCAGGGCAUCAGCUGUGGAAGGCACCUAGCCAACCAUGAUGUCCAGGUCAUCCUCUUCCUGCCCAACUUUGUCAAGAUGCUGGAGUCCAUCACCAAUGAGCUGUCACUCUUCAGCAAGACCCAAGGCCAACAAGUGUCUAGCCUCAAAGAUCUGCCCACUAGCCCUGUGGACCUGGUCAUCAACUGCCUGGAUUGCCCCGAGAACGCCUUCCUGCGGGAUCAGCCCUGGUACAAGGCAGCUGUGGCCUGGGCCAACCAGAACCGGGCUCCAGUACUCAGCAUAGAUCCUCCUGUGCAUGAAGUUGAACAGGGCAUUGAUGCCAAAUGGUCACUGGCACUGGGCCUGCCUCUGCCACUGGGGGAGCACGCAGGCCGCAUCUAUUUGUGCGACAUUGGCAUUCCCCAGCAGGUCUUCCAGGAGGUGGGCAUCAACUACCACUCACCCUUUGGCUGCAAGUUUGUCAUCCCACUGCACUCUGCCUAGUGGGCCCUGGGCAGGCUGGAUCCUGCAGUCCCUGCUGCUCCUGACACUGAACCUGAUGACGAACGCCUUAAGGAUGUGAAGUUUCAUGGACCUUGUUAAACUUUUUCUCUUUUGGGUUUGUUUCUUCUGUGAUAGAACAGAACUUACUUACCUAAAACUGACCUGUCACCUGCCCUUAGCCAGGGAAGGCUUUCCCAUAGUGUGUGCAGGGCAGGGUGGCAGCCAAGUGUGCAGUGUCUCCUCGGUCCCCUGUGCAGCCAGGUGGGCCUUUGUUUACAGACAUAGGCAGCUCUCUGACCGUGUUUUAGGUUUACAGCCACUGGGCCUGGGCGAGCACCUUGGGGGUGGGCCAGGUCCCAUCCCUCUAUGUCAGAGCUUGUGGCUUGUGACUCCCCUGCUUACCUGCUGCUGCACAGCCCUUCCACUAAUCAUGUAGACCGGCUGCCUGGCCGCUGUCCACUAGAGGCCAGACCUGUGUGCUCCUUUCAUUUUAUGAGCUGUGACAGACUAGGGCCACCCUAACCCAAGUUGAUUUGGAGGCUUUUAACCCUUUCUCCUGAGCUGAUCCAUGUUUUGCUGGGAUUUUUCCAAGGGUCUGUCCCUUCUUUACUUUCCAUCAUUCAGAGGUAGUGAAGGGGGUGGCAUCAGGAUGGUGUUACUGUAUCGGGGUUUUAUAUUCUCUUCUGUCAUCUUCAGCACAGGUAGUAUGUUAAUGUUACUGUAGAACCACAGUGCCCAUCUUGCCAGCAGUGCCCCCUAACCCCCAGCUGGGGCUGAGCCUUUGCCUAGUCUGGGCCAGACCCCUCAGAGUGCAGCUGUAAUGUUCAAUAUUGGGGAGGCCCCUGGGGGAGCCUGGUGCUGAGCCAGAAGAGGCUCCCUGGUGCUUCGGUCCUAGGCCACCACUCCCCCAUCUCCUUGCCUGCAUAGACAUACCCCACUUUUCUGCUCCCUCUGCCCUUACCCUGCAACAGCCUUCUGCAGCUGUCAUCCCAGAGCAGGGUGCAUGUCCCUCCCUUGCCCGGGCUCCAUCCCAGUUCUUACAACAUCUGGGCUUUGAAGCUUUUAUGGGUGUCCACUCUAGUUGAGUCAGCUUGGGGCCAGUGCCCUGUCUCAAAAGAUGCCAAAAUGAGGCUAGUUCAGGAUGAGCUAGCUAGCAGGUCUCCGCCAUAGGAACAUACUACUGCUCACGUCCUACGGUGCCAAGACCAGGACCUUCCCAGGCGUAAGCCCCAGAAGCUCAUGGAGCAGGAGCCAUGCCUGGAACCCUGGCAGGGACCCUUGCAAAGGAUUUGUGCUUAAGCCUUUUCCAGGGCUUCAGGCUUCCUUCUGCUGUGCCCACCCACUGGUUGAGGGGGUGAGGAGUAGGGGGCGCACCAGGACUGUGGACACAGGGUAGGCCCUGGCGCCAUAGGUUUCAGGCUGCUUAUCACUUUUCUUGUAGGAGCAUAGCCAGGAGCAGAUGAGGCAGGGCAGAGAGGGCUGGCCCCACCCUUCCCCUCUCCAGUGUUAAAUGUCUCCAGCAGUGGGGGGCGGCUGGGACUGUGAGCUUCAUGCUGUGUCUCCUCCCUCUCAGGGCCAAGCAGCACCCAAGCUGGGGUCCCCUCUUCAGGGACAAGGCCACAACCUGAGGAGCAGCCUAACAGGCAUUUUAGUAGGCAACAGGUUCUGGCUGCCUGAGAAUGCAGUCUGGCCCCCUGAUUAGGCACAAUGGGAAAUGAUGGAAGAAGUCUGGCUGGUGGUUCCAGUGAGUUGUUGGGGCCCUGGGGGUGAUGACUUUAUUGAGGGGCCACUGGGACUUUGUGCCCAAGUCUCUCUCCAUCCUCUCUCUCCCCAGGUGGCAUUGGGGCCUCUCCUUGCCCUUAGCCUGGGUCUUCCCCACAGGCAUUAAAAAUAAGCAUGAUUCCUCUAUCUGCAGCUCUUUUCGGAGGCAUCCUGCCUAGAGUGCCCAGUCCCCAGGGAGCCCCAAUCAGAUAGCAAGCCUAUCUCAUGCAGCUCUUCGGGAAACCCAAAACCAGCACUAAAAUAAAGCUGAACGACUGA